UGAUGGAAAAACUUUGUAGUUCCAUGGUUGCAUGUUCAAUGUAAGCACUGCUGUGACACAAUGUAUGUUUUUCAAAAGAACAUUCUCCCUCUUAACUCAUGUACAUCUAAAUAGUCCUGGCAAAGAUAGAGAACAGACUCUUUAUGCUGUCAGCCACCUUAACUUCUAGAAAGAGUUAUUUUGUGCAUGAUAAGAUCUUCUGUUUUUCAAGACCACAGUAAAGGCUAGAGCUUUGUCAGUCUCUUUGUCUAGAUAUAAAUCACAGAAUCAGCCUGCAAACAUCCUCUCUCACACACCAGUUUGUGAUAAAGGAGAAACACAGCAGGGUUAGCUUAACCAGUCUGAGUCUGACAGCAAUCUCCAGCAUCGGCGCUUGUUAAUUGGAGGACAUUUCUCACUUACGUACUGUGAGAGACCUGGUCCUGGUCACUUCCUGGCAGUGAAGUGGCUGUGGGUUGGGUGUCGAGCUGUCAUAUUUACCAGAAGGUUUUGAGUUGACUCAAGUAGUAGUAGUGAGUUGUAAUAGCUCAUGCAGUGUUUGUUUCUCUUUGUAUUGUGGAACCAGGGGUUAAGAAAUCGAGGAUGAGAAGGUUGAUGUUAUUGAGAACGACAGAAAGAGACCUGUGUCUGAGGGCAAAGGCUCAAGGGGUUGUGUCUAUUUUUGUGUGUAUGUAAGAGAGAAAGAGAGAGAGAGAAAGAGAGGGAGAAAGAGAGACAGAGAGAGAGAGAGAGAGAGAGAGAGAGAGAGAGAGAGAGAGAGAGAGAGAGAGAGAGAGAGAGAGAGAGAGAGAGAGAGAGAGAGAGAGAGAGAGAGAGAGAGAGAGAGAGAGAGAGAGAGAGAAAGAAAGAAAGAGUAAGAUUCAAGAAAAAAGGAAAGAACCAAAGAAACACUAGAAAGAGAAGCAAGCCAGACAGAAAGAAAAGAGUAGAGAAAGGAGUAAAGUAGUAGAGGGUGUUAACCCAUCAUGUGUGCCAGUGUGCUCCUGUCUCUCCUGCUGGUCUGCAGCUUUCCUCAGACUGGUGAUACCACGCCCCCAGCCAUAAACCCUGACAACAUCAGGCUGAAUGUUUCCCGCUCCAGCAAGGGUCUCCAAGUGUCCUGGCAGUACCCCAGACCUGACCAAGAUGAACGCUGCUAUGAGACCCAACUCCAGCACAACACAAGCUGUCACACGGACUGGCAGACGGUGACCCUGCAAGACAGGGACUUCCUACUGGAGUCUCCAUCCUGGGGGAGGAGCUACACGUUCAGGGUUAGAAUGAAGCACAUCAAUAUAUGUGCCCCUCACCAGUGGAGUGCAUGGACACCGCCUGUCUACUGGGGACCAGAGGCCCACACAGUUUCCUGUGAUGUGGAGGCCAAGUCACCGAUCAACACCAGCACCUACAUUGGCACCAUUAUCCCUCUGUCUCUCUGUUUUCUGUUGGUCUGCAUCUUCUCUCAGACACGGAUCAGGGUAAUCUUCCUGCCUCACAUCCCUAGCCCUAAACAUGCAUGUGGCAGCCUCACCAUCAAUCAUUCACAGUGGCGAGGUGGUUUUUCUGAGCCUGGUGUGGACUGUGAGACGGUCGAUGUCGAGAUCGUUAGCAUCCAAAACACAGAAGAGGAAGAAGAGGCGAAGGAGAAGGAAGAGGGAGAAAAUGCAGAGAAAGAGAAGGAGGAGGAGGGGAACAGAAAUGAAGAGUGCAGCGUUUUUGACCAAGGAUUGUGCCCAACUGACGCAGGACUACAAAUCUACCCUAGCCUGGCAGCCAACGGUGCCUACUGCAGUUUGUGUCUUUGGGAUGAACGUAAUGCUAGUCUUAACAUGGUUGUGUGACAUGAAUACGCAUUAUAUAAGACCAAACGUUUACUCUCUCUUUUUGGUUUAACAUUCCUGGAUACCAUAAAAAGACAACUGCCUCCUCUGUAAAUGUCAAUAUGGUUGUUAUAUUCCUUUUGACCACAGGAGGGCAGUAUGACUGUGAGUAUAGCUCUGAUGACCAAACUUAGAGAGCCUGGUUUGAGCCUGCUAUCCUCCUCCUCCUCUUCUUCCUCCUCCUCCACAGCAGCCUGGCCCAGAGAGGGGAGUGGGCUAUUAUUGAUGCUUAUCUAAAAGAUUUAUAUGCAUGUUGUGCAUAAUAAACAUACAAAUUACCUUUAAGACGUCAUGGUGAGUGCUUGUGUUAUCCUAACAAAUCGUGAUGGAUGAGUGGAAUUAUUGAGUAUCUAAGUGUUUAUAGAGCAGCCUGUAGAGUGUGUAGUAUAGCUUCAUAAUGAUUGGAUUGGAGAGUACAUCUCCUCACAUUCAUGAUUCCUGGAUUCUGGAAUACCGUGGUUCGGGAUUCAGCCCCUACAUCCAGGGUUUCCGACGUGAGGAUACAACAGGCCACUGUGGGAUCAGGAGGUGUGUCAAACGUUUUUAACAAGAACAUUGUGGACAUUCCAUUAUGUUAAUAGCUGAUGCCCACUGUGUUCAUCCUCGCAUCAAAUGCAUUUUUUCCCCCCGGCCUCCGGAAAUAAACGUCUCUUAGUUUUUUCUUUGGAAUUGGCACCUUGUCUUCUCUCCUCUCCU